AUAAACCCUAACAUCAACCAGUGGGCUACCCUGAAUUUAAGGGGACAAAACAGUAAUUGACAUCAAUGAAGCCAACACUCGAACAGGCUUCAUUAUUAAAAAACCUGGGACUUUUUCCCGAAAGAAAAGUGAAACAAUUGAUCAAACAAACCCAGUAAAAUGUCUGAUCAAAGAGCUGUUUCUCCCCAUGUACUCAUUUUCCCUCUACCCCUCCAGGGCCCCGUCAACUGUAUGCUCAAACUCGCUGAACUUCUCUGCCUUGGCCAAAUCCAGGUCACCUUCCUCAACACUCUCCACAUCCAAGAACGCCUCCGGAAUUGCACCGGAGCUGAAGUUUACUUCAAAAGAUAUAGCAACUUUCGUUUCGACACAGUCCCUGACGGCCUGCCAGAAGAGAAUCCCCGGACUGCGGACGAAAUAUGGAACCUGCUGCAAUCCAUAGACGCUGUGGCUGUCCCGAUUUUCCGGUGUAUGGUGACUUCUGGAGUAUACGGCCCUGGUUCUGAGAAUCCGGUGACUUGCAUAAUUGCUGAUGGGAUUUUCACUUUUGCUGCCGGUAUAGCUGGAGAAAUUGGUGUCCCGUUGCUGUAUUUUGACACUAUUAGUCCGUGUGGAUUGUGGACUUAUCUGUGUUUGCCUAAACUCAUUGAAGCUGGGGAGUUUCCGUUCAAAGAUGACAACUUAGAUGAGAUUAUAAGAAAUGCACCCGGGAUGGAAGGAAUCAUUAGACGCCGUGAUCUUCCCAGCUUCUAUCGAACCAACGACGUUAACCAUGUUACAAUCCAACUAGUCCUUAAGGAGGACAAGCACAUCCCACUUGCUCAGGGGCUGAUUUUCAAUACAUUUGAAGAACUUGAGGCGCCCAUAUUAUCCCAAAUGCUAAAUGUCUGCCCAAACAUCUAUGCUGUCGGGCCCCUCCAUGCCCACUUGAAAACACGACUGGCAGCAGAAACAGGUCCGGAAGCUCAGCCCACCAUCACUUCCAAUAGCAUCUGGAGGGAAGACAGUAGCUGCAUUUCUUGGCUUGAUACCCAGCCCUCGAAGUCGGUUAUCUAUGUCAGCAUUGGAAGUCUUGCUGUGAUAACAAAGGACCAGCUCUUUGAGAUUUGGCAUGGGUUGGUGAAUAGCGGGUCAAGAUUUUUGUGGGUUCGGAGGCCUGGUUCAGUUACUGGGCUGGACUCGGAGACUGAGGAGAUUCCCUCGGAACUGUCAAGAGGGACGAAAGAAAGAGGGUAUAUUGUCACUUGGGCUCCCCAAGACGAGGUUUUGGGCCACCCAGCAAUCGGAGGGUUUCUAACGCACAGCGGCUGGAACUCGACUCUGGAGAGCAUAGUCGAGGGGAAACCCAUGAUUUGUUGGCCAUAUUUUGUUGAUCAACAAGUGAAUAGUAGGUAUGUGGGAGAGGUGUGGAAGUUAGGGUUGGACAUGAAAGAUACGUGUGAUAGAGUUGUAGUGGAAAAGAUGAUUAGGGAGCUAAUGGAGUCGAGGAAGAAUGAGUUCUUGGAAAGGGCUGAUGAAAUGGCGAAAUUAGCUAAGGCAAGCGUGAGUGAAGGUGGGUCGUCUUAUGCAGAUUUGGAUCGUUUGAUUGAUGACAUCAAGUUUAUGAACAUACCCACAACAUGGAACUAGUUUUAUGGUUAGGGUUUUCUAUUCUAUUAUAAAUAAGUAAUGUUAAAUGUUCAAAUUUUUUUAGAUCAAA